UAUUUGAUAAUAUUUUAUAAAGCUGAUUAUGAUGUAACAAGUGAUUUACAACAGAAGAAAGUCUUUACUAUUGACCAUGAGUUAAUAUAUAGGAUAGAGAAAGAUGACAAUAUUUCGAUUGAUGCUACCAAAUAUUUUAAUCAGAGUAAAUUAAGUCAUUCUUUUGAAAGCUCGUUCCGUUUUAAUGAAAUAAAAUUUACCGAUUUAAUUGGAUUAAAUUUUACUUUAAUUAAUUUACAAGAUGACCUUAAUCGAUUUCGAUUAUCAGUGAAAUUUUAUCAACGAGAAAAAAUCAUUCAAUGGGAGUAUCAACGAAAUGAAAUGCAAACCCUUCAUACAUUUGAUAUAAAAAAGAUUAAUGUUUUCGACGGGAAGUGGCAUACUUUCAAAUAUUUCUUAUACAAACCAAGUUUUUGUGGCAUAAGAUUAAAAACAUUUUUAGAUUGUAAGAUUUUACAAAGAACUUCAAUUUAUACUCAUGGAACUGAUAUAGAUUUUAAUAAAAAGCUUCUUUUGGAUCAAUUAAUAUUUUCUAUCGGACAUUUAACAGAUGAUGAUAACAAUAAUGAAAUGGUUCCAUUUGACUUAAAAAUAAUGAAAUUUUCAAAGAAUCUAGCUGAAAGUUUGCAUAAAUGUUGUCUUUUGAAAGAUGUUGAACAAUGCAAUAGCAAUUACAAUUCAUUGAGUCAUAUUACAAGUAAAUCAAAGCGAUCCAAAGAUGUUUCAAAUUUUGUAUUGGCCGAUAUGAGUAAAAAUAUUGAAGACCUAAGAAUUUAUGAUGAAUUCCAAUACGAAAAAAGCAAAAGUGGAAACUCUACUGGAAAGAAUGCAGAGUUUUUUAAGAAAAGGCCCGUUCCACCUGUGAUUAUAAUUAUUUAUUUUUUGUUCUCCUUUGGAUUAGUGUUGCUUUUAUUACUGAAGAGAUCUAAUUAAAAAUAAUGUAUAAAAGAAAAUUAAUAUUGAAAUUGUCUCAGAAUUAAAUUAAUUUAAUUAUAAGAGAAAGGUAGGCUCAUUUUCCAUCAACAAUUGUUUUUUACAUUCAACUA